AUGCAUCUCCCCACCCUCUUCGUCGCCGCCUCGGCCAGCUUGCUCUCCGUCACCUCCGCCGGCCAGGUUAACUUCUACUCCGACACAAACUGCCAGAACUACAUCGGAGAAUCGCACCCAGGCUCAUUUCAGACUACCGGAGGUCCAGCUGGUUCAUUCUCCGCAUUGUGGGUCUCCUGGGAUCAGCAGUCUUGCAGCAGCACCUGUGGCCCGCUGAUCAUCUGCGGCGAUUCGAAUUGUAGCCGCCGCAGAGCCGUGGGACGCGGACAAUGCGUUAGCUUCAACACAGGCGUGUGGGCGAGAAAUGGGUGCGGGCAGGACAUGUGUGGAAAUGCCUAG